AUGAAGAAAGCAGGGGUAGAACUAGAAAAAGUAGCUGAUGAAGAUGCACUUGAAGAUGAAGACACAUUACCUGCAGAGACAGAAUCAAUAGAAGGACAAACCGAGGUAGAAGUGACUGCAGAAGGAGCACCUGCAGAGGAAGAAGUUAUUAAAGAAGCAGCACCUACAAAUGUAGAAGUAGCAGAAGAAGAAGCAGUUACAGAGAAAUUGGUCGGAGAGCAAGCAGAAGUCAAAGUAGUUGAAGAGCAGGAUGGGACACCAGCAGUGAUAGAUUUAGAAGAGCAAACAGAGAUAAUUGCACCUGAAGAAGAACAACUAACAGGUGAAAAAGAAGUGUUUGUGGCAAAUGGAGAAGCUGUAGAAUUAAUUGCUGCACAUACAGAUGAAGAAGUUGUUGACGAAGUUGCACUUGCAGUUGAAGAUGACUUACCCCCAGAAAAAGAAGUUAAUGAAGAUUUAGAAAUGGAACCUGCAGAAGAGGGAGAUGCACAAGAAGCAGAAGCAGAGGUUCAAGAAGCAGUGAAGGCUGGAGAGGAAGCAAUUAUUGCAGCUCAAAAUGGGAACAUUGGUGCUGUCGAUGAUGCAAUAGAAAAGGCACAAGAGGCUGCAGAACUUGCUAAAUCAAUGGCUGACAAAGCUGCAGUUGAUGCUGCAAAUGAAAAUCGAAAAGAUGGGUCUGCAGACAAUACUGCUAUAAAUAAUGCUGCUGAAAAAUUACUCCAAGAAGCUGAACAGGCUAAGGCAGCUGCACGAGAAGCAGCUGUUGAAGCUGCAAAAGUGUUAGGAAUGAGAUAA